UGCACUGUGUUUGUAAGGGGCUGGGAGCAGCCACUCGCCUGUGGAGCAGAGCAGAGUCCAACCAGCCUAGCACAGGACCUCAGGUGCCCCGGUCACAGAGCUGCCAGUCACGCUUGGUAGUGCUUGGUAGCAUGAGUCUAUUUUGGUCAUUUUAUAUUCCCUAAAUAGAGAUUCUCUUCCCAGACUUCUUGGGGGAUAAGGGAAGGGGAACGGAACAGGAGGGAAAUACAAGUGGGGACUGUGAGGCAUAGUCUGAGAGGAAUGAUUUAAAGCAAAGAGAUAGAAGGAAGAUGUAGGUCCUUCUCCUAUACUCUGAGGUCACCAGCCCAACACGAUACUCUGUCCCAGCCAGGUGGAGAGUGGGGCAGGGUUUCAAACCUCCAAGGCCUGUAGGGGCCAGGUGGGUAUGUAAAUGAGUGAACGAGGAGAGGGAAUUCGGGGGACUGUCAGAACACAUACCCUACUUCAAGAAACAAAAGCUCCUCGGUGUGCACCAGUCACAGUUGUGCCAGAAUGUGUAUCCAGUGUGGCCAAAACUUGCAAUUUUUCAAGAGAAGUCAGGAAUCCAGAUUUUAUGUGAAGUGUCUCCAUUUUAGACUAAGGACUCAAUAUUUUAAAAAAUGUUCCAAGGAGCAAGCCAAACUUGUCUAUGGGCUGAAUUCAGCCAGUGGGCCAACAACAUAGAGCUUUUGAAAGAAAGAUAUAGAACCCAACUCUUAUUUCUCCCAGUCCUUUCCCAUGGUCCUAACAUGCUGUGUGGCUUUAUAUACCUGCCAGAUACUCUUACUGAGGCAGAAGAGAUCACUGCUCGUAUGAAUGGCUUUUAGAGAUAGGAAAGUAAUUGGGGUCUUCUCAGAGUUUAACAAGGUGAAAAGAAAUGAGGACCUUUAUUGGGCUCUCUCUCUGACAAUGCAGAGAAGGGCCGAAAACAGAGCUUGUCUCUAAGACGGAAGGAGUCAUUUUUUGGAGCAUUAGAACGUCAGGGCAAGAAAUGAUCAUAAAAGUGGGACCAAUAGAAUUAUGGGCAUGUUCAAAGGAUGAUAGCAAGAUGGGUCAGACACACAUAGCAGAGUCAUUGGGAACACCUGGGUAAUGUAAAUGAGAAACUGAGAACGUGGCUGGGGGAAAUAUCCCAAGCAGCUCUGUCUCUGGAGAAUGUGGAUUAGAGGAAAACCUCUUAGGGUGUUUGCUUCACGUGCUAUGAAACCAAAUUGCCCCUGCUUUCAGCAGAUUGACAUUUCCGAGCUGGAGAGGGAUCCCUCAGGAGGGUGUGUUCCGGAUUUCUUGCCUCAGGCCCAAGACUCCAACCAUUUUAUAAUGGAAUCUUUAUUUUGUGAAAGUAGCGGGGACUCAUCUCUGGAGAAGGAGUUCCUCGGGGCCCCAGUGGGGCCCUCGGUGAGCACCCCCAACAGCCAGCACUCUUCUCCCAGCCGCUCACUCAGUGCCAACUCCAUCAAGGUGGAGAUGUACAGCGAUGAGGAGUCAAGCAGACUGCUGGGGCCAGAUGAGCGGCUCCUAGAAAAGGAUGACAGUGUGAUUGUGGAAGACUCGUUGUCAGAGCCCCUGGGCUACUGUGAUGGAAGUGGGCCAGAGCCUCACUCCCCCGGGGGCAUCCGGCUGCCCAACGGCAAGCUCAAAUGCGACGUCUGCGGCAUGGUCUGUAUUGGACCCAAUGUGCUCAUGGUGCAUAAGCGCAGCCACACGGGUGAAAGGCCGUUCCACUGCAACCAGUGUGGUGCCUCCUUUACCCAGAAGGGGAACCUGCUGCGCCACAUCAAGCUGCACUCCGGGGAGAAGCCUUUCAAAUGUCCCUUCUGUAACUAUGCUUGCCGCCGGCGUGACGCGCUCACCGGCCACCUCCGUACACACUCGGUCUCCUCUCCCACAGUGGGCAAGCCCUACAAGUGUAACUACUGCGGCCGGAGCUACAAACAGCAGAGUACCCUGGAGGAGCACAAAGAGCGGUGCCACAACUACCUACAGAGUCUCAGCACUGAAGCCCAAGCUCUGGUGGGCCAACCAGGUGACGAGAUCCGUGACCUGGAGAUGGUGCCAGACUCCAUGCUGCACUCAUCCUCGGAGCGGCCAACUUUCAUUGAUCGGCUGGCCAAUAGCCUCACCAAACGCAAGCGCUCCACCCCCCAGAAGUUUGUAGGUGAAAAGCAGAUGCGCUUCAGCCUCUCAGACAUCCCCUACGAUGUGAACUCGGGUGGCUAUGAGAAGGAUGUGGAGUUGGUGGCACAUCACGGCCUAGAGCCCGGCUUUGGAGGUUCCCUGGCCUUUGUGGGGGCAGAGCAUCUGCGUCCCCUCCGCCUUCCACCUACCAACUGCAUCUCAGAACUCACACCCGUAAUCAGCUCUGUCUACACCCAGAUGCAGCCCCUCCCUGGUCGGCUGGAGCUUCCAGGGUCCCGAGAAGCAGGUGAGGGACCCGAGGACCUGGCUGAUGGAGGCCCCCUCCUCUACCGGGCCCGAGGCCCCCUGACCGACCCUGGGGCAUCCCCCAGCAAUGGCUGCCAGGACUCCACAGAUACAGAGAGCAACCACGAAGAUCGUGUUGGGGGGGUGGUAUCCCUCCCUCAGGGUCCCCCACCCCAGCCACCUCCCACCAUUGUGGUGGGCCGGCCCAGUCCUGCCUACGCCAAAGAGGACCCCAAGCCGCAGGAAGGGUUACUGCGGGGCACCCCGGGCCCCUCCAAGGAAGUGCUCCGGGUGGUGGGCGAGAGCGGUGAGCCCGUGAAGGCCUUCAAGUGCGAGCACUGCCGAAUCCUCUUUCUGGACCAUGUCAUGUUCACUAUCCACAUGGGCUGCCAUGGCUUCAGAGACCCUUUCGAGUGUAACAUCUGCGGCUACCACAGCCAGGACCGGUACGAAUUCUCUUCCCACAUUGUCCGGGGGGAGCACAAGGUCGGCUAGCCACCUACCUACCACCCUUCCUUCAGUCCGCCACUCCACUGCCUCCCUACAGGAGUCUAGCUCUUUCCCCACUUCAUCCCAAGGAGCUUGGCUCCGUAGCCUCCUCCACUGGCUACCAGACUUCACACUUGACCCUGACCCCUCCUCGCCUAUUCUCCUCUACCCUGACUGACUUAAGCAUUGUGAUGAAACAGGCCUUUUUGCUUAUGUUUCUCCUCUUCCUCUUCUCUCAUCCCAGCAUAGUCAGAGUUAUUUAUUGAUAUAAUUUGUGGAUUUUUCUUUUGGCUUUUUCUCUUAACUUUGAUCAGUCACCUGCCACAGCCCACAGACCGCUCCCACUUUAGGCCUAAUUUUUCUUUCUUUGAUGCAGCUUUCUCUAACAGCCCUCGGGGUAGGAAGCUCCUCUUAGUCCUAAGAGUUCUGAGCUUCUCAUGUUAAGUCCUCACCUUUUGCAUUAUCUGAUUCUUUCCUUUUGAUGCUGAUAGCUCCCUCUGGCCCUACCUGAGCUCUGUGGCAUUAUAUCUCCUCUCUGGGACCCUCCCACCUGGUACUCCAUACCUCUUGUGCCCUCUCCUGUUAGGCAGCUUGCACUAUGCUUCAACAAAUGAAGAAUUUCCUCAUUGGGAAGUGGGAGGGGCUGAAGAAAUUCUCCCCAGGCACUGUGGGGCUGAGGGUCCUCUUGACGUUCCCCUAGUAAUAUGAGUUCCUCAAAGCCCACAUUUGGGAAUCUCCCUCUGGGAUGUGAUCUGUCUCUUCUCUCCUCAAACAACCCCCAACACUGCUACUCUCUUCAACCUGCCAGUCUACUCAGUGGUGGUUUUCUCUUCUUGGAGUGCCCCAAUUUUAUAUUCUCAGGGGCCAAGGCUAGGUCUGCAAUCCUAUCUCUGACAUGUUGGGAGCCACAGGUGCCUAACUGGGAACCAGGGCAUGGGAAGGGGGUGGGUUAAAAUUCUUCUAUUUCUCUUCCACCUCUGAUCUUCUUCACUCUAGUGACCUUCCUAGGCUCUCAGGGGCUCCUGCCGUCCCUCUCCUAUGAGAAACUAGUGGGUUGCUGCCUGAUGACAAGGGGGUAUCUCAACCCCUCAGUCAUGCUGCCUUCUUCUUCUCCCUGCUCUAGGAUUCACCCUCAUUCCCAGGCUUCUUGGCCCUGUUCUUAGGAUCAGUGGCAAGGAGAAAAGGGUGUCUCUUUUCUCUCUUCUAAUUGUCAGUAUAUAACCAAAAAUUAUCCCAGGACGAGGAAGGGCAUUUGCCCCUCACCUCAUUCCAUUCUUGUCCUGGCAAGAAUGGGAUGGGCGCAACUGAACCGGGGGUCAUCCUCUACUGCCCCCUUCUACACUCAGUUCCCAGAUGUAGGGCAGGAGGGGCCUUGCUCCUCCUGGCUACAGCAGAGACCCCUGGCUUUUGGGUAACCCAGUUAGUGAGAAGGGGGCAGGAGGAGAUACGGCUCCACUGUGAGUGGAGUUCUCUACAAGCGUUUUCUGCCCAAGGCCACAGCUAUCCCAUUCUCUGCUUCCUUGAGAUUCAAACCAAAGGCUGUUUUUCUAUAUUUAAAGAAAAAAAAAAAAAGAAAGUAAAAACCAAACACAGCACCUCACAAGUUGUAACACUUGGUCCUUCUCUCUCUCUCCUUUUCUCUUCCCUUCCAUCUUUCUUUCCAUAUGUCCUUUCCUUAUUGGCUCUUUUGCCUCCUACUUUUCUCACUCCCUAUCAGGGAUAAUUUAGGGGGAUGGUGAAGGGUUGGCUAAGGAAAAGACCCUGGGAUGGGGGCUCCUAAGGGCUCUAAGAAGAGUCUACCUUACCCUCUAUGGGAAGGGAGACCCUAGAAAACCUUUUCUCCCUUCCUUUUCUCCCCAUUAUGUAGUCUCCCUAAGAGAACCAGAUUGUCAAGGAGGGGCAUUGUGGGUUGGUUCCUUCUUGACAAUGUAGCAAUAAACAGACGCUGCCAAGGGCAGAGGAUGGGGGUGGGGGCUACCUGGGAGGAGAGUAGUCUCUAGAGAAAGGGAGAGGCUUCUCAACAGUACUCCAGGGAACUGGCUCCUUCUUUCAGGAUGGCAGCAGAGCUGAGAUUAAUAUCUAGGGUUCUCCUCAACUGUUCUGGUUAUUGAGCCCCUUCCUCUUAGACCUACCCCUUACCACCUCUUCUGUGUCUGCUGUGUAUCUGGUGACACCUCAUAAGGACUAGUCCCUUCUGGGAUACCAGAGCCUUAGGGUGCCCCAUACCCUCCCCCAGUCAGCUCUGGCACCUGUAACCUCCUGGAACAUGAAGGACUAUGCUCUGAGGCCAUACUCUGAGCCCAUGAGAGCAGAGACUGGAAGGGCAAGACCAGGUGCUAAGGAGGGGAGAGAAGGGCACUCUGUCUCUCUCCAGACCAUCACUGCACUUUAACCAGGGUCUUAGGUACAAAAUCCUACUUUCCAGAGCCUUCCAGCUCUGGAACCUCAAACAUCCUCAUGCUCUCUCCCAGCUCCUUUUGCAUAAAAAAAAGUAAAGAAAAAGAAAAAAAAAAAUGGAAACCCACAUGGAGAAAAGAGGUGUUUUCCUUUUAUAUUGCUAUUCAAGACCAACACCACACAAGAAAAUUUCUAAAUAGACACUUUUCCAGACCUUUGUUUUUUUGUGUCUGUGUCCAAGCUGCGGAUGGGAUUUUGUAAUACUUUCAGCAGCUUAUUUCCUUGUGUACAUAAUAUAUAUAUAUUAUAUAUAUUUUUAAUCAGAAGUUAUGAAGAACAAAAGAAAAAAAUAAAACACAGAAGCAAGUGCAAUACCACCUCUCCUCUCUCUCUCCCAGGGUUUCAUUUGUAGCCUAUGCUUGGUGUCUCCCUUGGACCUUACCCUUUCACCUUCCCCUCCUCUUCCUUUGGUUCUCCCUCCCCCUUUUUUUAAAGAGUUUUUCUCCUUUCUCAAAGGGAGUUAAACUAGCUUUUGAGACUUAUUGCAAAGCAUUUUGUAUAUGUAAUAUAUUGUAAGUAAAUAUUUGUGUAAUGGAGAUAUACUACUGUAAGUUUUGUACUGUACUGGCUGAAGGUCUGUUAUAAAUAAACAUGAGUAAUUUAACAACC